UGCGCGUCACUUUCUCCUUUGAUGUUAGGAGCCUGUGAGUCUUAGCGGAUGCCGUUAGAUCCUCUAUAAGUGUUUUACUAUAAAGAUGACUGAAAAUACAGAUUUUUCAAGCAAAAGCGAUGCGGGAAGUAAAACUAUGAAUAAGACCUGUUGGAUGCUGAAGCGAUACGGACGUUUGGCGCGGAACGCCGCGGAGAGCGAGGGCCGGUCCUCCUGGAAGGUCUUUGAGAACAGUGAAAGUGCAGGUCAACUGGUAUUUAACAUAGUGGAGUCUGGACACCUGCUUGUAUCCCAGGGCCCAGAGCUGUUGGAGGGUUUCUCCUUACUCAACGCAUCCAGCUUCCUGAAGGUGCUGCGGAAGACAGAUGUCUUGCUGUUUCGGAUGACGGCCAAGGGCGAGGGCCGUGUCUUCCAGGUGCAGUUUGCGGGCAGCAGCCGGGAGGAGGCCCUGGAACUGUGUAGCUCAGCUGUCGCCUGCCUGAAGCAGCAUGUCCCAGUGGAGGACGCACCCGUGCCCAACGGCAGUGCCCAGACCGGCCCACGGGCCGACCCAGAGCCACGGCCCAGCCUGCAGCAGCCAGGGGCUUGUGCUGAGCAGCCAGCAGGAACCUUGAAGCCUGAAGAAUCCGAAAGCUCCCUGUCCGUCCAACGACUUGCCCAGUGCUUCCUGGGCCAGGCGGGAGUCUCCCUACCCAUGGCGUAUCGUCAGCAGGCCCUGCCCAGCGUCAGCCUGGGGCCCCUGCUGCGCCUGUGCCUGCUCGACUGCAGCUUCCCCGCCUGGGUGGAGCAGGUGGAGGCUGAGCUGACGGGGCUGGCCCACCGAUGACUGAGAGUGGGGCAACAGGAUGGGCGCCUCAUUGGCGGCGAGCAACAGCUCCACCUGGUGUCCGAGCGGUGCAGUCCGCCUGCUGGACGUUUAACAAGCUCGUUCAGAAAGCCCGGCAGCACUGCAACAAACAUGGGUACUGUACUUCAAAGGAGUCAUGCAGCUACAGCAGUGCAGUCUGUUACACCAGCUCAGUAAAAAGUUUAUCCCACAACAUUAAAGCUCCAUCGUCAUGAGACAAUCCUAACAGCUCUCACCUCAAGGUUCUGUAUCUCUAUAGGAAUAAUAUUGCAUAGGAUAGUAGCCAUGCUGUACGGUAAAUAUUUCCAUUAAAUUAAAUGAAGUAAGGAAUGUGCAUUACAAAA